AUGUCGACGGUAUACUCCGCGAAGAAAAGCCCCCAAGAAUACGUCUCAUCUGUUCUGGACGGGACGGACUCCUCCGCCAGCCUCGACAUUGCGCCCCUUGGCGAGCCAAACGAAGAGUGCCGCUUCUGGUUCCAACGAGGAAAAGGUUAUAACUCUGAGGCAGUGGCGACUCAGCCUUCAGUUUUUGACGACCCCGAUACUGCGAAAGCAUACCAGCCCCGCGCGGACUGGGAGAAUUUGCAUCGAUUUGACCCAUCUGCGCGGUGGACAUGGGGCGAAGAAUAUAAGUUGAUUCGGAAGAUAGAUGUGCGGAUUAUGAUUUGGACUUGUCUCAUGUUCAUGGCACUGGAGUUGGAUCGGUCCAAUCUUCAACAGGCUUUGACUGAUGAUAUGCUUCCUGAGUUGCAUAUGACUACCAAUGACUACAACCUUGGAAAUACCGUUUUCAAACUCUCAUUUCUCUGCGCCGAGUUGCCCUCCCAGCUUGUUAGUAAGUGGGUAGGACCUGAUCGAUGGAUUCCCAGCCAGAUGAUUCUCUGGUCUGCCGUUGCGAUGGGACAAUAUGCACUGAAUGGACGAACUUCUUUCCUUGUGUGCCGCGCUCUUCUUGGAAUAUUACAAGGUGGAUUCAUUCCUGAUGUCAUUCUGUAUCUUUCCUACUUCUACAAGCAUCACGAGCUAUCUCUUAGACUGGGCUUCUUUUGGACUGCCAUGAAUAUUGCAGAUAUUCUUGCUGGAUUCCUGGCCUUUGGUCUUUUGCACCUUCGUGGUGUGGAAGGUCAAUCAGGAUGGCGCUGGCUUUUCUUGCUUGAGGGCCUGUUGACGCUUCUUUUCGGUCUCGCCGCCUUUAUCCUGAUGCCACCGGGCCCAUGCCAAACCGCAAAUUGGGCUCGAGGAAAGUCCGGGUGGUUUACAAAGCGGCAAGUCACCGAAAAUCUGGACCUACAACUCACACCAGCUAAAUUGAUUAACAGUGAGGAGACUAUAAUCGUCAACCGAGUGAUCCGUGACGAUCCAAGCAAAGGCACCAUGCAUAAUCGCGAGCCCAUCACGCCAAAAUUGCUCUGGAAGAGUCUCAGAGAUUACGAUCUGUGGCCUUUGUACAUGAUUGGGCUCACCUUUGGGACUCCAAUGACAACAGCCAAGCAGUAUCUUACGCUCACGCUCAAAGGUCUGGGCUUCAGCACUUUCGUCACCAACCUUCUAGCUAUUCCCACCGAAUUCCUUUCCAUAGUAUUCAUUCUGAUCUUGACUUGUGUUUCUGAAAUCACGAAACAAUUGACUCUGGUGUCAAUGAUCGGCCAAAUCUGGGCACUUCCGUUCGUGAUAUAUCUGUACGUUGUUGAUAUCACCACCGUCAAUAAAUGGACUGUCUGGGUGAUUAUGACUCUUCUAUUGGCCUAUCCAAAUGCACACGCCAUCCAAGUCGGAUGGAAUUCUCGAAACUCAAACGCCGUCCGAUCUCGCACAGUCUCAGCUGCCAUGUAUAACAUGUGCGUUCAAUCCUCGGGAAUCAUCGCUUCCAACAUCUAUCGCACCGAUGACGCUCCCCGCUAUCAGAGAGGCAACCUUGUCCUGGUAGGACUGGUCGUAUCGAAUAUUUUCGUCUAUCUAUUGACCAAAGUCUACUAUGUCUGGCGCAAUUCAAGCCGCGACAAGAAGUGGAACGCUAUGACCGACGGCGAAAAGGCCCAUUACUUGGCAAACACUAAAGAUGAGGGUAAUAAGCGACUGGAUUUCCGAUUUGCGCAUUAA